AUGUUGGGAAAGAUUGCCCUAGAAGAAGCAUUUGCUCUCCCUCGCUUCCAAGAGCGGACAAGAUGGUGGGCUUCAUUGUUCGCGGUCGACGCCGAAAAGCAUGCUUUCGAAAUCACCGACCUCACCGACCAGCGCAUCAAAUAUAUGGAUGAGUAUGGUGUAGGAUAUACUAUAUUGUCAUACACUGCUCCGGGUGUACAGGAUAUCUGGGAUGCGAAGGAGGCUCAUGCAUUGGCUGUUGAGAUCAAUGACUAUAUUGGUCCAUUUCUCAAGCAGCAUCCUGAUCGGUUCGGGGCUUUUGCCACACUUUCAAUGCACAAUCCUCAACAAGCCGCCGACGAGCUCCGACGUACAGUCACGCAGUAUGGCUUCAAAGGUGCACUGGUCAAUGAUACACAACGCUCAGGUCCGGAUGGAGAUGAUAUGAUCUUCUAUGACGGUCCAGAAUGGGAUGUAUUCUGGUCCACCGUCACCGAACUCGAUGUACCUUUCUACCUACACCCUCGUAACCCUACAGGGACGAUCCACGAAAAGCUAUGGGCGAAGAGAAGCUGGCUGAUUGGACCCCCAUUGAGUUUUGCUCAGGGUGUUAGUCUCCAUCUUCUGGGAAUGGUGACUAAUGGUGUCUUCGAUCGUCAUCCCAGUCUGCAAAUUAUCAUCGGCCAUCUCGGUGAACACUUGCCCUUUGAUUUGUGGAGAAUCAACCAUUGGUUCGAAGAUGUCAAGAAGCCAUUGGGUUUGAAAGAGACUUGCAAGAAGACCAUCAGAGACUAUUUUGCACAGAACAUUUGGAUCACAACAAGUGGUCAUUUUUCGACUCCCACAUUGCAGUAUUGUAUCAACGAGGUUGGCGCGGACCGUAUCUUGUUCUCGAUUGAUUAUCCGUUUGAGAGUUUUAAGGAUGGCUGUGUCUGGUACGAUAGGGACGUUGAAUUAAACCCCACAGAUUACAGGAAGAUUGGGAAGGAGAAUGCUCGGAAGUUGUUCAAUAUUGGUGAUUACAAGGAUGCAGAUGCAUAG